AAAAUGGCAAAAAACACACCGGGGGACCGCGAUAGCAGCCCCGAUAUGGAAAUCGAGCGCGACCACAAGCCCAUAGUCAUACGCAACUCCACGGACUUGCAAAGACUCAAACUGGAAAAACUGAUGAAAAACCCGGAGAAAGAGGUGAUCAUCCCCGAAAGGCCCAAAGAGCGGGGGGUUCCCGUGGUGCCUGAUUUUGUACGUAAUGUCAUGGGGAGCAGCGCUGGGGCUGGUUCUGGGGAGUUCCACGUCUAUAGACACUUAAGGAGAAAAGAGUACGCGAGACAAAGAUACAUGAAAGAAAAGGGCGAAAGGGAAAAGUUGGAUAACGAAUAUCAUGCCAAACUUGAAGAAAACAGGAGGAAAGCGGAGGAAAGGACGGCGAAGAAGAGACAGAAACGACUAAAGAAAAAGCAAAAAAUGAAAAAAAAGCCGAAGUUAGGCAGUAAGUCUUCACAAAGUGAAGCAACCGACAGUAGUAGCAGUGAAGAAGUUGAAAGUGAAGAAUGUGAGAAAAAGAACGAAGAACAAACGCCAAGUGAAGACAGUAAGCCUACAAAGGAAGAAAAUACAGAAGAUCGGAAGGAGGGUGGAAAAGAAGACGCACCAAAAGAAACUCCUGAUAACACUAAUGACGAAAUUAAAUAAAAACCAAAUAAACGUAUUUUUAAUUA